UCGUCGACCCAUCGCACCGAGUGACGGAGCGCCGUCAUGAAUAUACCGGCUUAGUCUAUUCAAUUCUGUUCCACUAAUGUGUGGCAAUGACCACUGUUUAAUGGGUCCUGCUACUAUUUGCUACUAGUGACAGCAGAUGUGAGGCUGUGCGGCCGCUAGAGAAAAGCAAAAACAGUACAGUGUGAUUUUUCAUCGUUUAUCAGUCCGUAUCUCCGCAGAUUCUGUGUAUAUUCGCACGCAUAUGUGUACAUACGUGCCUGUAUAUAUAUUAGAUGAACUUAUCAAGCUACACUGGACUGGAUGCUAUAAUAUAUGAACUAGAACAAACCAAGCAACAAGUACCGUACGCGUUUGUGGCAACUGAUCGACAUUCGCCUGACAGCAACGAACAGCCCCCGGUGUUGGCAGCCAGCCGUAUUGAAUACUAGUUGUCCCGUCAAGGGGCUCGGUAUAAGAACUACACACUAAAAACGUUGCGCCAUUGCGAAAGUACUGAUUGCCGGUCGCUCUGUGGGCGGUUAAUUAUAGUUAUUAAUAUUGUUAGUACAACAAUUGUUACUAUCGCCGCAUGAUCUACCUUUAUGAAAAUACCAUGCGUCUUUAUGGUAGUUUGCUGAUGAGUUUGAAAAUGUCGUUACAACAAUCGUGAAGCAGAAUGAAAAAAAGAACGUUACGGGAAAAACUGCUAACGUUUUAAAUGUCUGUGCUGCGUUCACUCCUAUAACAAUUGUCGCUGGCAUCGCCAUUGGUUUUGCCGUUGCGCGUUGUUAGUUCGUAGAGUUGAAUCAUCCUGGUCCAAUAACAGGACUUUACUGUUCCUGCAGUUGUUCAUGUUGAUACUGGUAGACGACGUUGGCCACCGUUGCACAUUGUCGUGUACUGCCAGAUUUUUUUUUAUUAUUAUCAUUGUCGUCCGUUGUUUAAAAGGAGCAUUGGCGAACGUUAAGCGUUCAAUAAAUAGCAGUGCGAGAUAGCCAGUUAACUCUCGUAAAUUUACAAGAACCGACCUGUCGUUGCCGUUCCGUGCGUAUUUUGUAUGUAAGCUACCAUAGCGGCAGAUCGUACUGUAAAAGUGAAUAAGAUUACUGAACUGACUAUAUGGUUCAUUCAAGCACAUACAAAUUGAGAAUUACUGACAAGCUACAGCAGUUCUUUGUUUUUUCGGUAAUCACAAUUACACGUAAAUACGUACACGGUUGCAAAUCACAACCAGAAACAGUUUAACAGGAGGCUUAAUAGAACACAACAGUUUACCUACAAUCUAUCCAAGCAAAGCUGUCAGACAAUGGUAAAUAACAGCACCUCCGCUAGUGUCUUUUCUCACUGUACGCAUAUAUAUUAAUUGAUUCUGUGAGCCAACAGAACACUAUAGCGGUUUGGUAAAUUGCAUGAUUCAGAAGGACAGCUGUUCUGGCUAUCUACUUCAUUGGACUUAUCUGUGGGCGUUCGUUAAUGCCGGUCGAGAAUGUUCCUUCGACGAGGAGCGCCUCUUCUGCGCGUCUCUGCUUGGAAGAGGCCGUAGUCACAACAGGAGGAUGCUACGACUAACCUUUUUUUUUUAAGUAUUUAAAUCAACAGCAAUGUCAAUGAGGCGAAGUGGAAAUUAAAUGGACUACUUUAAACGCUUGACGGCGACUCAACAGAUGGCGAGUGCUCAACUUCAGGGGCCAAUAAGGUGUGAGGGAGGCAAAACUACAUACACAGACAAUCAUUUUUACUCUCGUUGUACGCUCAUGCAGUCGUUUGAAGGGAAUUCGAAGGAAAGUCGCUAGAAUUUCAAAUACUGAAAACACUCGAAUUACGAGCGUUAUUAAUGGCGCUUUUGCUGCAAGAUAACGGAGAUUACAGCGCCCUCUAUUGAUGUAAUGGUCUGAACAAGCGGUGCAUUUCUAUGACGAGAGUGUGUCAAGUGCUUACGCAAAAACUUCAUAAGCAAUUUUAGCUCACGCGAAAAAACCUAACCACAAUAUAAAGUUGUAUCAUUUCUGUACUAGUAGCCGUAUUUGGACCCUUAAGAUUUGCAUUUGCGAAGAUGGCCACUGCUAGUGGGUGUGAUGACUACUGCUCUACUUGGAUCAUCAAUGUAGUGUUGUAGCUAAUUGCCUGCCAGCACAAAUCCUUUCUAGGCAGUUAGCGCAAACAAGACAGGUUAAACUUCCCAACUAACUGUUCAAUCAGAACAUAUAAAAAUAAGUGCAUAAUACAAUUAGUUGCUUGUUUAAAGCGGACAUGUUCCGUCGUAACAAAAUGUGGGUAAACGAAUCUUUUCCUCACUACUGCAACUAUCGCUAUAGCUGUAAGCCUACUCUUACAUUUGGCACUUUUUAUUAGAAAAUAUCGCCAUCGCAUGCCAUAUUCUUGACAUAUUGGCUUCCGCAGGGGUGCUGCAAGCUUCUUACUCCUUCGCUUAUCUAGUGGUGAACGGGGCUCAGCGGCAGACCCAGCAACCCGCCUACUAGCAUUUCAACCAGGAAGCGAACAUAGUGAAGGUAACGAAACAGGUCACGAGGACCGUGUAGCAUGCCGCGAGACAAAUAUAGAGCCAAAUAAACUAUGCCCUUCCCCCCACCUGGCUCAUCGCCCCCGACGGGCUACCCUCCGACCGCCCUUACCCUUUUAUCCGUUGGACCGCAAGUGUUUCCAUGUGUCAUUCUGGUCACUACCACUACACUGGUUCUUGUUAUUGCCCAGUGCUAACAACCCAUCCCACAGCAUCCAGAAGCGGUGUGUCUAUCCAUCGCCUAGCGGAUCCGUUGCUACCACUGUGAAACCAGCAAGCGGAGUGGUGGAACUAACGCCCCAACAUCAAGUGGAGCACCAGUUAUCGUGCGGAAUUCGUGGAUAAACGAAAGGCGAUAGAAAUCGCUCAUGGUGUAUAUUCGUUCUGGUUCGGUUCGCUCCUGUUGACGACCUCAGCAUAGCCGGCAGCGGCGGCCGCCUGCGCCGACGACGCUAACGCUGGGUAAACGGGCGGAAGGUAAGGCGAUGGCUUGCAAUUGACACUCACUGUCAGCGGCAACGCAACCCGAUAGAAGCAAGGCACAAACAACGGAACACUCCUGAGGGCUCAGUCGUCUACUCAACUGGAGGAAUUGUUGCGGCUGAUGAUUGGGCCGUUCAUUACUCGCUAAAUUGGAGUUGCUGGCAGAAGACAUUACCGCUGGAUCAGUUGCUACUAUCGUGUGAUCUGAGAUUCAAGAUUAUUAAAGAAAGGGUAAAAAAAGUGAGAUAGUGGAUACGUCGUAGUCGAUCUUUUUGGCUCGCUUCUAUCGGCGCGUGAAUAUAGAGAAGAUGUUCGAACUUGGUGCGAGGACAGCGGGUCCUUAUCAUGAAAAGAUGGCAGACUUUCAAUCAGUCGCUCAGCCAGCGACAGCCAAUGUGCAUCAACUGUAUGUGAACUGUGAGAGGACGAAGUGAAGUUCACGAAUCCUUCGCGACAUCGGCGUCCUUUCAUCCACCUCGUGCUUUCAUCGUUGGAGAGACGUUCACGCCUCUUUCGUCUUCUCCAUCUCCACCAUCACCAGCAACCUUUGCCAACGCAGAUUCGUCUAUCUAUUGUGCUUUUGACGUGCGUAUAGAUUAUCACCUGUCGAUGUUCGUCUGCGUGUCUACAGGAGGACCCACCUACCAUUAUUACCUUCUUUUGGCACUGUCUCGAUCGCCCGUAUUUGUAACGGCCGUAUUUGGUUAGAAUAGCACCUGGAUAGUGCUAGCAGACGCGUCGCGAUCGUACGAGUGGCUAGAAAACAUAGUUUCCUACGACGAUAAUUGCUUGCAACUGUCGGACGCUGUAGUGCAUUUCUCGACUGGUUACACAGCUCCUGUUAACCGCCUGCGCCAGCCACGUUCUACAGUAGAGCGCUAAACUGUUGUUAAUUUGGCGUCGACGUCGCUGGCCUCUCGACGUCUAUAGUGAACAGUAUAUAGAACAGUCAUUCACAGAAGAAACCAGGACGGAUUCUGCAGGAGGGUACGUCAAAAUAGAGGGCGAGACAUAGAACGAUCGAGAGGAAAGGUGAGAUAUUUACGUCGUACAUUAUCUACGAUACGAUCUACAGUAGAGAUUCUACCUUGUUUCUACAGUGAACGUACGGUGUGCAAUCGCGUGUGGAUAUAAACAAAAUAGCGCAAGUCUAACGUGUGUGUGAGGGAGACGACGAAAAAGUAAAAGAAAAGCAGAUUUUGCAAGCCACUGAUCAUCACGAUCAUCAGCAUCAUCUCCGCCAAUAAAAAAGCCGUUAUCGUACGCCAGCCUUCAGUGAUACCGUAUGUAAUGCGCGGUUCGGGUGACAGUGCAAGGAAAUAUCGUGGAAGGAGACGCUAAUAAAAAUCGGCUACAAUUGUUAUUAUUAUUAGUAUUAGCCGGCCAAUCAGUUCGAGUAUAUCAGUAUCAAAAUAUAUCCACGUAUCCCUUUGUUUCAUGUAGUGUAAACGCGGCGAAUCAUAGAAAACCUCAGUGAAAAUGAAUCGACACGACGUUCCUCCCGAGCUGACGAACCUGCUCAUGGAGUUUACGGUAUCAGUGCUCGUCGAAAGGCCGGACGAUAUCCUCUCGUAUGCCGCACGAUACUUCACUAAUCUCCACGAGCAGCGUACGGCAAUGUCAGUUUCGAACAAUGGUGGGGGCGGCCCAGGCGGCGAAGGCGGCGCUUCCGUCGACAACGACGAAGCCAUCUACAGCGAUGAAGACGAACCCGAACCCCCGCCGCCCACGAGGUACAAUCGAAGGAAGAGUGUCUUCGCUGAACACUACGAUCCCGCCGAAGAUGAGGACGACGAUGGACACAGGAUUGUUCAUCCUAAAUCGGACGAACAGCGUGAGGUGCUAGCAAAAGCCGUCAAGAAUAUACUUCUGUUCCGCUCACUUGAUGCCUCUCAGAUGCAGGAGGUGCUUGAUGCCAUGUUCGAACGGAAGGUUGGUCCGAAUGACAUUGUCAUCCAGCAAGGUGAUGAUGGUGACAACUUUUACGUUAUACAGAGCGGCUUGUACAACAUCUUCGUGAAAAAUUCGUUGACAGGUGAGAACGUCAAUGUUGGAAAAUAUGAUAACCAUGGCUCGUUCGGCGAGCUAUCGUUGUUAUACAAUCAGCCUAGGGCGGCGACGAUCCAAGCGACAACGGAGGGGUCUCUCUGGGCUAUGAACCGUCAAACAUUUCGUCGAAUCGUGUUGAAAAGUGCCCAUAAAAAACGUAUCGAGUACGAGAAGUUGUUGGAAUCUGUUCCGAUGCUGAGUUCGCUUAACGCCUAUGAACGUAUGAAUUUAUGUGACGCCCUCAUGCCAAAAGACUUCCACGACGACGAAUGUAUAAUCAAGCAGGGCGAUGUAUCAGACGGUAUGUACUUUCUCGAAGAUGGGACAGUUCGAUGCUGUUUCCGCUCUGACGGAGGCGAACAAGAGGUCUCCCGAAUGACGAAGGGCAGCUACUUUGGCGAAUUGGGUCUCAUCACUCACAAACCCCGCGCAGUUUCCGUCUACGCCGUUGGUGACGUGAGAGUUGCCUUCCUUGACGUCGAGGCCUUUGAGCGUCUGCUAGGCAAUUGCGUUGAGAUCAUGAAGCGCAACAUCACCCACUACGAAGAGCAGCUCGUACGAAUCUUCGGCUCGACCCAGAUAUCCGACUUACGAUAGACUGAUGAAACGACUCACGUCCAUUGAGCUUGGCUUCAUACCUCGCAAUUAUGGUGGGCCGCAGUCAAACAGCUCUUUCGAUAUCUUCGCCCUGUUCUGCCUCCAACCGGCGGCAAUCACAACAUUCAAGAAAGCGAUAAAUAUCAGUAGAGAGGAAAAACAGCGUCUGUACUUUGUGCGAUAAUUACAACAGUUUCAAUAUAUCUGUUGGCUGUAUGCCAAUAGUCUGUCGAAAUUUUGCGGCGCCGGUUGGCAAAAAACUAAGAAGAGAAGCUAUUUUAUCGUACAAGGUACACCGUGCUAUACGAGCUUGUCGACAGUCGAAUAUCACUACAGGCUUUGUGGGUCUUUUAAGAGCAUGUCAAGUCAACGUUACCAACUACGGGCAUCUGAAACGGCGACCCUGGCAGAAAUGCGAAAGUGUACGCACGUUCGGUGUCAAUCAGUACCCGAUAAAAGACACUCCGUGUAAUUAUCACAGAUAUCAUCUUUUCAGUGUCAAGUCUUGUAACUAAAACAGAUGGAACUGUAUGACAUUGCGUUGGCAUAAAGAGAAUGAGGCAAAAAAGGCCAAAAAUUAUUCGUGGACAGAUGACACUAUACAAUAUAUCAUUAACAGCGGCAAGAACAGCGAAGACGCUGACGACGGACGCAUGAAUGAUGAAGUAGAUUGAAUAAUAAUAGUACUGCUAUACACUGACAAUUAUACAGGUCCGACAAUGCACAGUACGGAAAUGAUUAUAGGUGACGUUGGUAUCUGUGACGACUUUGUCGCUCAUCUUUAAUGCUGCCCCCGGACCUGGAACACUGACCAUAUGAUAUGUAUGAAAAAUAUAGAUAUUUAGUCUAGAUAUUUGUCAAUGUAGAAUGAAUGAUUUCGAAAAAAAAAAAAAAAAAAACACUACACUACGCCCGGUCACGCUGUCCGCUUCGGUCUGAGUUGACUUAUACCGUUUGUAGUCGCACCAAAUCUUAACAGAGCAAAAAUAUUUCUAACGAUUGUAACUGUCAGUACUACAAAACGGAAGUGGUAAAACAAGAAAAAAAAAAAGUAUAAAUCAUUAAUUCCGCCUGUUGACGCGCGACCAGACAAUGGCAUGGAUUUCAUAUGUAUUCUUUUGUAAUUAUUCGGGCGCUACCUCGUCUUACAUUAUACAUGGGCCGGUGGAGUCGAUCACAAAUCAUGAUUCACCGUUAUGAUAGAACGCCGGCGUACAUACUACAAGCAGUUGUUUGGCACUGGGAUACAACAAAAAAACAGAAGAGAGUUCUCUGGUAAUAAAGCAGGUGAUUUAGCGAAUGAAAUUCGUCAGCUCGGACCGAAGCAAAGGGUAAACAAUGAUCGUAGAAGCAGACGCUCUAACGAGGUCGGCAAUGAUUAUACGUGCAGCGGAUUUAUUUUGGGUUUAAUUGUACUGAGAAUUGAAACACAACUUCUACGAAUGUCACGAUAAUUAUUAUUAGUUGAUAAGCGAACUGAUAUAUGGAGCAGGAAAUAGGGAAACCGUAAUAAAACCGACUCCAAAAUUACAAAUAGAAGGACAGCUGGAAGUAGAACUGAGAUAAAUGCUAAGCCGAAGGUUUCGAGCACCGGACAACUAGGACAUAUACUGAAGAUGAAUGCAGAGCGCAAAAAGAAAACAAAGAGGAGUGGAGACAAUGAGGACGCAUAUUCGGUAACGUAUGUGAAUAGAGGAAUUGUUUGAAAUCAUACGCAGUGGCAAGCAUAAGGCAAAUUAUUAACUGUGUGAUAUUUACGCAAUCAUUAAAUAUUGAUAAACACAUGCAUAACAAGCAAGAGCAGCAAAUGGAUGAUUGUUUAGCUGUCCGCAUGAAAAAAAAAUUACUGAAAAUACAUAAGGAAAAGUUGAUAAUAAUAAGUAUAUUGACUGCAACAACAAUGAUAAGAACGCUAUCAACAAUAACAUUAAUAGUAAAUAUGUGUGUCCGUAUGUUUGUUUAUGUUGUGCGUCUCCAGAUAUGUUUGAAUCUAAACAGCGUACAAAGGCCCGUAUGUAUGUAAUAACACCAAACACGCCUGCCACCACCAUUAAUAAAGUGGUGUGUAGCGGUAAUGAAGAAUAAUAACAAUAAUAUUAAUAACAACAAUAAUAAUAAUAACUAUUAUAGUAAUAAAAAAGGUAAAUGUGUGAAUUCUUGGCGGUUGAUAUGGAUCAGAACAGACCCAACGGUAGAGGCAGCAAACGCAUUCAAGGGCACAUAACAACAAUAAUAACAACAACAACAGCAAAAUGACAAACUGCAGAAGGGUGUGGAACAACCAAGCGGACAUAAGUGAUCUACAGUAGAGAAUUUUAUGGCUUGCCACAAAGUUCAUUUUCUUAAUAGCAGAAAAAUCGACAGUUGAAUUGAGGAGGGUAUAGGCAGAAACGAAAAAGCAGCGCUUAAGAAUCUGCUGAAACUUCAAAAAUCAAAUAGAUGUUGUCGAUCGAGAUGAAAAACUAGGGGCCGGACUCAGAAAAGCAAACAGGUUAUAUAGGCAUAGAAAC